AUCCCAUUUCCAAUCAGAAUGUGUUCAGUCGGCGGCUGAGUCGGACGUGUGCGCGUUGUUUUCAUUCGUGGUGUGUGGCCCGCAAACGGGGAAAGAACUUUGACUAAUCAUCAUCACCUUCGCAGGAAUUUUGCGUGACAUUUUUUCAUCGGUCGAAAGUCCGGUUUUCCACGCGUAGUUUGGUGCUAGUUUGUGCAGUGAUCGACCGGCGAGAUGGUGUGGGGCUUUGUGACGUGCGGUCCGAACGAGGCGCUGGUGGUUUCAGGAUGCUGCCACAUGAAACCACUGUUGGUUCCCGGAGGACGUGCAUUCGUAUGGCCAUCGGUGCAGAGAGUUCAACGAAUCUCGCUCAACACGAUGACGCUGCAGGUGGAAAGUCCCACCGUUUACACCAGUCAGGGUGUUCCGAUUUCCGUGACCGGCAUCGCCCAGGUUAAAAUCCAGGGCCAAAACGAGGACAUGCUGCUGACGGCGUGCGAACAAUUCCUCGGCAAGUCCGAAGCCGAGAUUCAGCAUAUUGCGUUGGUCACGCUGGAAGGUCACCAGCGUGCCAUUAUGGGCUCGAUGACCGUGGAGGAGAUCUACAAGGACCGGAAGAAGUUCUCGAAGCAGGUGUUUGAGGUGGCUUCGUCGGAUCUGGUCAAUAUGGGCAUUACGGUGGUUUCGUACACGCUGAAGGACAUCCGCGACGAGGAGGGCUACCUCAAAAGCCUCGGUAUGGCCCGUACGGCCGAAGUAAAGCGUGACGCCCGCAUCGGCGAAGCGGAGGCUCGCUGCGACGCCACCAUCAAGGAAGCCAUCGCCGAGGAGCAACGGAUGGCCUCUCGGUUCCUGAACGACACGGAGAUCGCCAAGGCUCAGCGGGACUUCGAGCUGAAGAAGGCCGUCUACGACGUCGAGGUCCAGACGAAGAAGGCCGAAGCCGAGAUGGCCUACGAACUGCAGGCGGCCAAGACCAAGCAACGCAUCAAGGAAGAACAGAUGCAGAUCAAGGUCAUCGAACGUACGCAGGAGAUUGCCGUUCAGGAGCAGGAAAUGGCUCGUCGCGAACGGGAGUUAGAGGCCACUAUACGGCGACCGGCCGAAGCCGAGAAGUACAAGUUGGAGAAGCUGGCCGAAGCCAAUCGAAACCGGGUCAUUUUGGAGGCGGAAGCCGAAGCGGAAGCGAUCAAGGUUCGCGGAGAGGCCGAAGCGUUUGCCAUUGCCGCCAAAUCGAAAGCCGAGGCCGAGCAGUUGGCAAAGAAGGCCGAAGCCUGGCGAGAAUAUCGCGAAGCUGCAAUGGUCGAUAUGCUGUUGGACACGUUGCCAAAGGUGGCCGCCGAGGUUGCGGCUCCGCUGUCGCAAGCCAAGAAGAUUACAAUGGUAUCGAGCGGCACCGGUGAGGUUGGUGCAGCAAAGCUUACUGGCGAGGUGCUCCAAAUCGUCAACAAGAUCCCGGAUCUGGUCAAAUCGAUCACUGGCGUGGACAUUUCUCGGUCGGUACACGCUGGUUAGAGCCCCAGAUUGGUUGGCGAUCGCGGGUCGUAACUCGCGUAGAUUUUGAACCAGUGGAGGCGGAUGCAGCAAAUACGACAACUGCAACGACGACGAAGACGACCAACAGCAGACACAGUAAAUUUCGAAGAGACCGUACACGGGCAACGACAUAACGGGCGGAACGCGCUUUCCGCUUCUAUUGAGCUUUACAAAUGUUUUGUUUCAUUUUCGGUAAGUUUCUUUUUUGUUUUUUUUUCUCAUUGUUUUAUAUGUGUGUAUAUUUUAGUUUUAUGUUUAUGUAUAUCUUGGGAUUGGUUAUUGAUUCUUGAUUUCC